AUGGCAUCGACGACUUACGACUACGAGACGCCCGCAAACGCGAUGGACUCCUCAAUUACAAUGACUACCGGUGGUGGCCCAAAGGUUCUUCCUCCCCGGACCGACCGUUUGUCUCCUGUCCGUGCACCUUCUGGUCGCCGCACAACGUCUCGCGGCCUCAAAGAGAACUCCGGCAAGUCACGCUCUGCCUCGCGAAGCGGAAAGACCACGGGUUCUGGUCAGACACGCGUCAAGCUCGGUCUAGCUUCGCCCUUCCAGUCGCAGCCAGGUAGCGCUCCAGAGUCCCCCAAGAAGACGACGUCGACAUCUGGUAAAAAGCAGCGUACUUUUUCGAGCGCUUCAGAGGAUCUGGAGGUCGCCGCUUCUGCUGAUGCGUCUCACCGUCGCCGUCUCUCCGGGCCCUCAACAUCCCUCUUUGUCAACGUACCUGAUGAACACUGGCUGCGCCCCGCUCGCAUCUUAGGAAGUGGACCUUUCACAGCCGACUACGUUCCAACUGAGACGCCAGUCCCUUUCGAUCUACCCGACUGGAGCAUUGACUCGGCCACCUUCGCCAACCCCGGCCCUUUGCGUAUGAGCACGCCUCCUCUCAGGCGUCGAAUUCCACAAGAAGGCGCUCUCAGCGCGCCGAACUCUCCCAGCGACGAAGAGGAUAUCGAUAUGACGGACGACAAUGCGAAGACACCUGGCCUUCCCCUCCGCCGCCCGCGCAUGCGCAAUCGGAGCUCUUCAUCGCAUUCGGGAGACAGUAUAAUGGACUACGACAGCAUCAUGGAUUCAACCCUGGACGCUGCCUCUGCAAAGUCUAUCUCCCGUCGUUCUGGUGUUCGUCGUGAGAAUGGCAGGAGCUCACUGGAUCUUGUCGUACCUCGGGAUUCCCUGGAGUUGGACGACGUGAACCGGCCGAUGACCGCCCCUUCGAGCCCAGAGAACGCUCGCAUUCUCCCUGAGGAACUGACAAGUAUGUUGGGUGGCCUAACGAUCGCGGAUCGGUCAUCUCAGCCUUCGCGCACUCGCUCCCUAGAUGUCAAUGCCGAGCAAGCCAACAGCUCGCGUCCCCGAGCUCGUACCAUACGCGCGAGCGACUAUCCACAACGUACCACAUCUCUUGACGCUGCGGCCGAGAUAUCUACUUCGAGCUCUGCUACUCUUGCCGUACCGCUAUCCAAGACUACUCGCACUCGAUCCGGAACAAUCCGUCCCGUCCCCGCGCUCCAGCCAGAUCCGCCCAUCAUGCUGCCCAACCUACCACCUGCUGCCGUGCUCAAGCCUUCGAUGAAGACCUCUCGGCGCUCGGCGAUGGAUGCCCACCCGAGCCCAUCUGAACAGUCCAUGGCUACCAAUGUGACCGGCACAUCGAACAUACCAACCCUCCUUGUUCCUGCGCGUCAAGCUGUGCGUCGCCCUAUGCCAUCCUUCAGGCGCGCUCGUGCGCGGGAGAUAUCGCAGGACGAUCUCGGCGCGUAUGACGCGAGCUCAGACUCGCUCAAUAUCGACCAGCACGUGUGGAACUCAGACAAUCGCUAA